AUGUCAGAAAAAGAAGGCCAUACUCUCGAGUCGCAGUCAGAGACACAGCGGUCGAAUGGCCGGGAGAGCCUGGCUGGUGUUGAGGGACUGAAAGGGGAGCCACGUAAGGAUGACGACCAGUCCAGACAAGACUCCGUCAUAUUUGACCGAGUUGCCGAAAGCCGACUCCGACUCAAAAUUGACCUCUUCAUCGUACCGACAGUAUCGUUGUUGUACCUUUUCUGCUUUAUUGAUCGCGCCAAUUUGGGAAACGCCAAAAUUGCCGGCAUGGAUAAGGACCUACAAAUGCGUGGCUACGAUUACAACCGCAUCAUCACCAUAUUCUACAUAUCAUACAUUCUUUUUGAAAUACCGGGCACCUUGUGCUGCAAAUGGAUGGGUCCGGGCUGGUUUCUUCCUCUGAGCGUUGUGCUGUUUGGCAUUGCAUCCGUCUGCACAGCUUUUGUUAACACAGUCCCUCAAGCCAUGGGCGUCCGGUUCCUGCUAGGGAUAUUUGAAGCCGGUAUGCUGCCAGGAAUUGCAUACUACCUCUCCCGUUGGUACCGUCGGGCAGAGCUUGCCUUUAGGCUUGCUCUUUACAUCGUCAUGGCGCCUCUCGCGGGAGCCUUUGGGGGCUUAUUGGCCUCUGCGAUCUUAAGUCUAGAUCACUUCGGCGGGCUUCACUCUUGGCGGAUGAUCUUCGCUAUUGAAGGCAUCAUAACCAUAUCUCUUGGCUUAGUGUCUUUCAUUACUCUCACGAGCAGCCCAAUGUCCGCACGAUGGCUAAGCAAGGAAGAAAGAGCGCUCGCGAUUGCCCGCAUUGAAUCGGAGCGCAUGGGAACCGUUAUUCUUGACAAAAUCGACAAGACCAAGCUCAUGCGAGGCAUAUUCUCCCCCGUUACUCUCGCAACUGCCUUCAUAUUCCUACUCAAUAACGUCACGGUUCAGAGUCUUGCCUUCUUCGCCCCUACCAUCGUGCAAACCAUCUACAAGACCGAGACCGUGGUUCGCCAGCAGCUCUAUACAGUGCCUCCUUACGUGGUUGGUGGGUUCUUUACCCUCUUUCUCCCGCUAAUAAGUUGGCGUAUCGAUCGGCGUUUAAUCUUCUUUGUACUAUCCGCGCCACUGGUCAUGAUCGGUUACUGCAUGUUUCUUGGCACCAAAGUCGCAACAGUACGAUAUGCCGCCACAUUUCUCAUUGCCUCAUCAGCCUUCGCAUUCGGUCCGUUCUCUAAUGCCCAUGUUUCCGCAAAUGUGGUCAGCGACACUGCACGAAAUGGUGCCAUCGGGAUGAAUAUCAUGUGCGGGAACAUAGGUGGUUUGAUUGCGGGCUGGACAUUCCUCCCUUGGGAUGCACCAGAUUACCAUAUUGGCAAUGGACUAAAUCUGGCGACAGCCAGUAUGACUCUCAUUGUCAGUAUCUUAAUGUGGAUAUGGAUGGAAAGGGACAAUAAAAAGCGUGAUGCACAAAAUGUUGAGACUGAGCUGACUGGCUUGACUGCCAAAGAGAUUGAGGACUUGGACUGGAAGCAUCCUGAGUUUAGAUGGAAAACUUGA